GCUCUCGCCCAGUCGCUUUCAGUUGUUUCUUCGUUUCUCAGUCGUCUUCGGCUUUUUCGGAACCAGCAGAUCGGUCUCCUUCUUCGCUGAGGACAUUUCUUCAGUGGGUCAGUGGUUACAGAGACGUGUGUCGCGACGUUCUUGAUUGAAUGAACGUGUUAGUGACUUGAACAGUUGGUGCCGGUUUUGCAUAGCAGUUUCCAAUCAGUUUCCCGAUUUCUCGUCGAGAAUUGGCUGAUAUUGGGCCCGACGAGAAAAGCGCAAAUUCAUGUUCGUUAAAGUUUGCAUCAACGAUGCCAGAACCAUGACAUCCUGCACCACAGACAGUGGCACGGAAACAUUGUUCUCAGAUGAGUCGCCAUGCGACUUGAUCCGAUCACCCAGUAUAUGUUCGGAAGAGGAGGCAGCUCGAAGCCGAAAUGGGGAACACGAGGACGUCUUAUCAAUCAACAGCAAACUGGGACCGCCGAAUAUUCAACCAUAUAGCGGUGUUCUUGAAAAGGGCAAGGUGGUGAUAAAGCCCAUAGCCUUUAAACCAUCAGCCCCAAACCUAUCAACAUCCAGUAGAAACAACGACCGCUAUGGAUCAACUCCGAUCCUGGCCAGACCUAGUUCCAGAUUGAAUUUCUAUGGAAGCACCAGUGAGCUACAUAGAGACCCCAAUCUGCAGAAUCAUUCUCUGGAUAGGAGGCUGCGCUCUACAUGCACCUCUACCAACUCCUCCCCACCUUUAGCCAUGAGUUCCUUACCGUCGAUCCCUCACACUCACAAAUUAUUAAACUGUGAUAGUUUGGAGAGUGUGCGGAAGAGCCCUGGCAGCAACAUCGACUAUUCCCUACUGCACAAAAAUGCCUACACUAUAUCCGCCUCGAACAUCGGCAGUCUCCUGGACUUGACACCAUCCCCAAGUGAUUCGGGGGUUUCUGAAUUGGAGGCCGCGCUCAGAGAUCGGGAUUCUGAGCUGGCGUUUCUGAGGCAAACGAUGGAACAUAACGAGCAGGUGAUCUUCAGGGUCUAUCAGGAAAAGGAGAAAAUUUGGGAACGAGAACUGCACAAACUGAAGUCAAUGUACGAUAGCAGAAUCCGUGCAAGUGCAGAAAAGGCUUUAAAACUCGAGCAGCUGCUGAUGAUGCAAUCCUACCAGCAGAACCAGGAUAAAAGGCGUUUGAUUGGCGAUGUGCAAAAAGUGAAUUUCCAAAACGACAAGCUGCGAAAUGAGGUGGAGGACCUGCGAAGCAGGCUGGAGGAAACCGAGUGGUGCCUUUGCCAGAAAACUGGCGAAAUCGCCCUGCUGAAGACACAGCUGAAGGAUUGCCAGACGGAGCAUAGCACCAAAUGUCAAGAGCUGCUUCAGUUGCGCAUCGACUUGCGGGAGUUGCAGCAGCACUUUGAUGAGCUGGAAGAGGAGCUGAACAAGCAGAAAUCCCAAAAUCUGGAGCGAGACGGUGAAAUAGCCGAUAUGCAAAUCGAAGUGGAGAGUCUACGAUGUCAGCUCCGAAAGUAUGAGAGCAUGGAAAGCAUUGAUAAGACCAGAUUUGAAGACAUAUCGGAAACUGAUCGGCUGAAAGCCGAGAUUAAGGAGCUAAGAGAGGAGCUGUCGGAUCUAUCCAUUAGUGAUUACAGCAACAUCCAGCCCGGACGCUUCAAAACAGAUUCCCACAAUCAAGACCACUGCUCCUCUUACGAAGACCUGGAAAUCCAGCAGCUUAAUGGCGAAUACAUUGAAUGCUGUAAUGAGCCGAGCGAAGUGGGCAGGCUGAGGCGGGAGCUCAUUAUCAAAACUCAGGACUUCAACAGGGAGAAACUGAUAUGGGCGCAGGAGAAGGAAAAGGUGUUAAGGUACCAGCGCCAGCUCCAGAUGAACUACGUCCAGAUUUACAGGCGCAGCAAAGCUCUGGAAGCGGAACUGGACAAUUUAACCACGCAAAUUGCCAUAGAAAACAGCAUUGCUAAGGACGACCAAAUUGUCCAUGCAGAAAUUGCCAAAUCCAUUGAGUUGUAAAAGGGCUCAGUCCAGAUGAGAAAAGCGAUUGUUGUUUGGAUUAAUUUAGUGGAAUAUGAUGAAAUUGUACCCUUCACUUACCAGGCCAAUGUAAAUAUAUAAUGUAUGUUUAAA